AGAGAGAGCGGGGGAAAUGUGACCACCAGGAAGGGGCAGCUACAGACACAGAGCUACAAGUGUGCCUGAGUAAAAGAAUGACUGUCUGUAGGUGAGAGACACACAUUGUCCAGGACGAGGAAUGUGACAGACAGAGAGAUUGUCCAGGAAAUCUCAAGGAGAGGAGACCUCAUCUGAGGAAGCUUCUGAGAUACCUACCGAGGAGGAGACCAGAGGAGCCAUCAGGACCAGCUGAUCCAGGAUGAAUUGGGCCGGAUUGUACGGGAUCCUGAGCGGUGUGAACCGCCAUUCCACGGGCAUCGGGCGCAUUUGGCUCUCGGUGGUCUUCAUCUUCCGUAUCAUGGUGCUGGUGGUGGCCGCGGAGAGCGUUUGGGGGGACGAGAAGUCCUCCUUCACCUGCAACACCCAACAGCCCGGAUGUAACAGCGUCUGCUACGACCACUUCUUCCCCAUCUCCCACAUCCGCCUGUGGGCCCUCCAGCUGAUCAUCGUGUCCACGCCGGCCCUCCUGGUGGCCAUGCACGUGGCUCACCUCCAGCACCAGGAGAAGAAACUCUUGAAACUCACCGGCCACGACGACCCCAAGGAGCUGGCGGACGUGAAAAAGCACAAGAUCCGCAUCUCCGGCACCCUGUGGUGGACCUACACCAUGAGCGUGAUCUUCAGGAUCGUCUUCGAAGUGGCCUUCAUGUACCUCUUCUACCACAUCUACCCCGGCUACGCCAUGAUACGCCUGGUCAAGUGCGGAGAAUACCCCUGCCCCAACACCGUGGACUGCUUCGUGUCUCGCCCCACCGAGAAGACCAUCUUCACCAUCUUCAUGCUGGUCACCUCGGGGAUCUGCAUCCUCCUCAACGUCUCCGAGCUUUUCUUCCUGGUCGGGAAGGCUUGCGCCAGGAGGCGGAUCCGACACGAAGAUUCCUACCGGGGCCACGAGAGCCGGCAGAACGAGAUGAACACGCUGCUCACCGUAGACAGUAUCAAAAAGGGCCAGGCGGGCCAAGAGAAAGGAGAGCAUUGCUCCACGUCCUAGAGGGCCGGCACGUGGGAUGGACCCCGAGGUUUGGGGGGGGCUCCAUGGGGGGCCCUUCGUAGGGACAAAGCACAUGACUCAUUUCACGGCAAUAUUUGCACAAGAGGAGGCGGGGCGAUGGUGGCGAGGGUUCCGCCUCCGCCGCUCUAUGUUGUGCUCGCCAGUUGCCGGCGGUCCACCAUUCACAGGUGCUUCAUGCAGUAUUUUUGGGGUAACACGGGGGGGGGG